AUGGCAAAGAUGGUGGAAUCACCAAGUGCCAGCUGUGUCGAGCAUCCGGUGAUUGUUCAGUUGCUCGGGUGCCGGCAGGAACUCAGCUUGAAGACAGAGGAACCCUCGCUGCAGCACCAGGCACUGACACAGCUGGUGGCUCAACACUUUGAGGUGUCGCCUCCCUUCAGCUUCAGCAGCGAUCAAGGUGCCUUCUUGGAGGAUGCGGAGGCCUUGGCUGAAGCAGUGAAGGCUGGAUCUGUGAUAGUGGUGCACCUUGGCGCCACAGCCCUCCAUGACUUCGGCCGAAGAGUGAGGCAGCUGCGGAACUUGCAGUGGGGACUCGUGAGUCAGCAGCUUGAGAAGGUUCGUGUGGAGAGCGUGGUGCACAUGAUUCCCGGCGGUGCCUGCUCUUGCAGGAAGUCUGCCGAGACGAUUCUGGGUGAGCAGUUUGCCGAGUUCCGUCUCGAGGUGAAGCAGACGUUGCAGCUCCGCUUGGAGAACUUGCAGGAGGCCAUGGAGCAGCGCCUCAGGAGACUGGAGGAGUCCUGGGAGCAAAGACUGGGCUCAGCAUUGGCGGCGAUGAGCUCGGAAAGGUCACCGAAGGAGAAAGAUCCCGAGCAGCGUGCCGAGUUCGAGGGGCUGUCGGAUCUUCUGAGAACCGAAUGCAAACGCGUUGCGGAGUCGGUGGAUGACCUUCGCGAGGAAUGCCGGGAAGCUUUGCAGCGAGAGGUACGAGCGCGGUUGGAGCACCACCGCAAGCUGCAAGAGGAGUUUCGGCAGGAGGCCAAGGCGAGACUCCAGGUGGCCUCCAAGCUCGAGCAAGAGAUUCAAGCGAUCCAGGAGUCGGCAUCCAGCGCUAGGAGCACCAGUUGCCACGAAGUUGAAGGUGUUCGGCAAAGGGUUCUGGUCGAGCCUCGGCGAGAGGUUUUGCUGCCCUUCGCGACAUUUGCGGAGCCUGUGACCGCGGGCGCGGGCUCACCCAUGUCGUCUUACCCGGCCUCUUUGCACGGCGAGACACCAGGGUCGCCAGGCACAGUGCAUGUGCGCCUGCCAGCCUGA